CUGCCCUCUAGUGUAAAGAACUGAUUAUGAAAUACAAUUGACCCCUGCACAGCUGAGAUUGCAAUUUGCGCUGUUUGUCUUGGUUCUGCCACUUUCUUUUCUGCUUCCUGAGCUCAUCAGCCCGACGACACCGCACAUGGAGCAGAGGUGGCAGCACACGGUGGGGAUAUCUGUGUCCCAUCCAGACAAAAAGGACUGUGAUGAGUGUCAGUUCCUGAAUGGAAAUGUGGAGUAUUAGGUAAAAUCUAACUGAGGAGACACUUUUCAGACACUGCCCUGCCUUAGACAAACAGGAUUUGAAUCCUGGGGUCACGGACUCUCCAAAGCCAGAGGAGACAAUUCUUCAGUGUUAUUAUCGGAAAUGGCUAAUAAUAGAUGACAAGAAAGCCAGAACAUUCUUUUGGCGGAGUCUUCUUGUGUAGCAGCCGGGGAAGACAACUGUCCUCGACUUCGGUAAAUCAUGAUCCCCAUAACUGAGCUGCGCUACUUUGUAGACACGCAACCUACGUAUCGCAUCCUAAAGCCAUGGUGGGACGUGUUCACGGACUAUUUAUCGGUCGUAAUGCUGAUGAUUGCAGUAUUUGGGGGCACUCUUCAGGUCACACAGGACAAGAUGAUCUGCCUGCCCUGCAAAUGGGUAGUUAACAAGACCUGUAGGAAGUAUUUCAAUUCAACAUUUUCUGUGCCCUUGACCCUUGAACCCCAAGGAAUCCAGUAUGACCUUGAUCGACACCAGUACAAUUAUGUCGAUGCUGUGUGCUAUGAAAACAAGCUUCACUGGUUUGCUAAGUAUUUCCCAUAUUUGGUGCUACUGCAUACGCUCAUCUUUCUGGCUUGCAGCAACUUCUGGUUCAAGUUCCCUUGGACAAGCUCAAAACUGGAACAUUUUGUGUCUAUCCUCCUGAAAUGUUUUGACUCGCCGUGGACCACACGAGCUCUGUCUGAAACCGUCGUGGAGGAAAGCGAUCCCAAAGCGCUGGUGAAAAUGAAUGGCUCCUUCGAUAAGAAGGCUUCGUAUGUUAGCGAAGACGUUGAAGCGAGUGUUCCCAUGCUGUCAGCAACCAGGUCUCGAAUUGAACAAGGAAUCGUGGACCACUCCGAGACUGGUGUCCUGGACAAAAAGGAAGGUGAACAAGCCAAGGCGUUGUUUGAGAAGGUGAAGAAGUUUCGGAUUCACGUUGAAGAAGGCGAUAUAGUCUACAGACUCUACAUCCGACAGACUAUCAUCAAAGUUGUUAAGUUUAUCCUUAUUAUCUGCUAUACCGGCUACUAUGUACACAAUAUUCAGUUCAACGUUGACUGCAAUGUGGACAUCGAGAGUCUGACUGGUUAUCGCAUGUACAACUGUGCCCAUCCCUUGGCCACUCUCUUCAAGAUUUUAGCCUGCUUCUACAUUAGUCUAGUUAUCGUGUAUGGCAUGAUCUGUGUAUACACCCUCAGCUGGAUGCUUCGACGUUCCCUCAAGAAGUAUUCGUUUGAAUCAAUCCGAGAGGAGAGCAGCUACAGCGAUAUCCCAGAUGUGAAAAACGACUUUGCCUUCAUGCUGCAUAUGAUUGACCAGUACGACCCCCUGUAUUCCAAGCGAUUUGCCGUGUUCCUCUCAGAGGUCAGCGAGAACAAACUUCGCCAGCUGAACCUCAACAACGAGUGGACUUUGGAAAAGCUUCGGCAGAGGAUCACCAAAAACUCCCAAGAGAAGUUGGAGCUCCACCUUUUCAUGCUCACUGGGAUUCCAGACACAGUUUUUGACUUGGUGGAGUUGGAGGUUCUGAAGCUUGAGCUCAUUCCUGAUGUCACCAUCCCACCAAUCAUUGCCCAGCUUACUAACCUCAGAGAGAUGUGGCUGUACCACACGCCAGCAAGAAUAGAGGCUCCAGCGCUCGCGUUUCUGAGAGAGAACCUGAAAUCUUUGCACAUCAAGUUCACCGACAUAAAGGAGAUCCCUUUAUGGAUCUACAGCUUGAAGAAUUUAAGCGAGUUGCACCUUACUGGGAACCUUAGUGCUGACAACAAUCGCUACAUCGUCAUUGAUGGUUUACGAGAGUUGAAGCGACUAAAGGUUUUGAGACUGAAAAGCAACUUAACAAAGCUGCCUCAGGUGGUCACGGAUGUUGGAAUGCACCUCCAGAAGCUGUCCAUCAACAACGAAGGUACCAAGCUGAUGGUGCUCAACAGCUUCAAGAAGAUGGUGAACCUGUCCGAGCUGGAGCUCGUCCGCUGCGAUCUGGAGCGCAUACCACAUUCUAUCUUCAGCCUGCACAAUUUACAGGAGAUCGAUCUUAAGGACAACAACCUGAAAACCAUUGAGGAGAUCAUUAGUUUUCAGCAUCUUCAUCGACUUGUUUGUCUAAAGUUGUGGUAUAAUCAGAUUGCGUACAUACCUAUCCAGAUAGGUACUUUGAUCAACCUUGAGCGCCUCUAUUUGAACCGCAACAAGAUUGAGAAAAUUCCACAUCAGCUCUUCUUCUGCCGGAAGCUGAGGUUUCUUGAUCUGAGCCAUAACAAUCUGACUCACAUCCCAUCAGAAAUAGGAAUUCUGCAGAACCUUCAGUACCUUGCUGUAACUGCCAAUAGGAUUGAAGCGCUUCCCCCUGAGUUGUUUCAGUGUAAGAAAUUGCGAACACUGAAUCUCGGAAACAACUGCCUGCAGUCUCUUCCCUCUCGGUUUGGGGAGCUCACCAGUCUGACACAGCUGGAGCUGAGGGGCAACAGGCUCGAGUGCCUUCCUGUAGAACUUGGGGAGUGCAGAUUGCUGAAGAAGAGUGGUCUAAUCGUGGAGGACAAUAUUUUCAACACUUUACCUUCCGAGGUCAAAGAGCAGCUGUGGAGAACCGAAAAAGAGACUUCUUGAAGCAGAUGCGUAAACCUGAGAGCACUUACCUGCGUGAAGUUUUUAAAUGGUGUGAGGAGAAGAAUUCAAACCGAGCAAUAGAAAAUUACAUUUAUACAUGUUUGUCACAUUUUACAGGGUUCAUCUGAAAGUUUCCUGGAUAAAAGGUAAGUGUUUCAAUUUAUGGCAUGUCGUUUUUUUAUUGCAACAUAGACAUUUCUGCUGUUUGGCACAGAGGAGUGAGCAGACCAAAUAUUACAUCAGGAUUAUGGUGCGGUUCAUUUUUGCCUUAACAUGCACAAACACUAUUCAUAUUUAGUAUUUUAUUAUAAACAUUUCUACUGUAUUUUAUACCCGUGUUGCUGUGUAAGUGUUACUGUGAAAUCACUCUACUUUUACCUUUUCCUAAAUCCAUGUGUAACGUUGAAGACUUCUAAUUCAACCCGAUUAGGGGUUUACUUCUGUAAUACAUUGUGUUAACUUGAAAUUGUUGGGCAUAUAACAUGUAAAUAACUGGUUAACAUAAUCCAAAAACAUAAGACACCAAUUAACUUUUUUAUUUGUUUAUGCAUGCCCUAUACAUUACCCACCACACAAAUAUGCUGUACAGUCUUUUUGACAUAUGUCUGUUACAUUACAAACAUGCAUAAUUUGAGAUUCACCCCCCCCACACACACACACACACAAAAAAAAAAAAACAUAGUAAGUUGCUAUUAUCUACAGUUACGAUUUGUUAAAUCGUUGUCUUUAUUGGUUUUAUGUGUUAGCAGAGUUACGGAGUACUUAUGGUUACAAAAGUGAUGUUUGCAGUAUUUAUGAACUGAUGCAAAAACUUAAGAUCUUUUAAAAAAUAUAACGUUACAGUAAAAGAUAGUGUUAAUGUCUGUAUCACUAUCUAUCUAUCUACAUGUAUUUCUUUUGUAUAAAGCAUAUGCAUGUUAUUAUUACUUUUUUUCUAAUAAGUUAGAAAAAGCCUUGAUUACCGUACAUUGUACCUUACAAAUACAGCACCUUAUUUCUACCGGUCUGCUCACUUUGAAACGCUUUAAGAUUUAUCAAUUAAUCAUUUCUAAUAACCAGUUUACCCUUUGUUAAGGUUGUUUAUACAUUGUAAUCAGUAAACAUACAUGUGCAUACUCAAAUUAAAAUAGACUAGUUCCCUCAACUUAAUGUUACAUUAAAUAUUCUCUAUUGUUCUACGUUAUUCUCAUGACAGUGUGCGACAAUCAGAAGUAUUGAGUGAAAUGUUGUGUAUAACUUUGAGUGUGUGGUGCAGAUGUCACUUAUUUGCUCUAGUAAAAUCAAUAUAGCUGUUUUGUCUUAUUUUAAUGUCCAUUCUCAGUUUGUUGAUAUGUUAACAAACUUGUUACUGUUGAUAGGUUAUUGAUCUUGGCUUGUUGCAUGUUUUCUCAUAUUACCUCAAAUAUGAAACAUUGUAGAAUGUUUUUCUUCCAUACUGUACACAUUGGAAACUAAGCUAAUAGAAUUUCAGAACUUGUUACUCAGGUAAGUGCUUUUCAACUUUGUACAUUUGAAGAUCAACACUAUUGUUUAAUGUCUUUUUUGAGUCUUUUUAUUUUUAUUUAAACAAAUUUAGCUGUUUGCAGUGUUAACGUAUUUGUAACCAUUUGAUAUCAACACUUUUUUUAAUGUGUUAUUUGAGGGGUUUUUUGUUUGUUGGUUUUGUUUGUUUUUUUAAACAAAGUGUGCUGUUUCCAGUGUUAACAUAUUUGUAACCAUUUGAUAAAUUUAUCACAUUAUCAAAAUGUAUUUAUGGUUGAUGAUUUCAUCAAUUUGUGUAUUCUAUAAACACACUAUUUUACUUUUGUUUACAUUGUUUGCAAACUAGGAUGUAAAGUAAAAAGUAAAUGCCACAAAAUGUAUGAAGCCAUACAGUGUGAAUAAACACUGUUUAUUUAGUGUGUCAAUAAAAAUCACUAAACAUUUUUUUUUA